GCAGGCGCAGAGCUUAUUUUAACCUGCGACGGUGGAGCGGCAGCGGCUGAUCCCGGUACCGAAAAUCCACAGAACAAAGAGCAGAAACCAGAGCGGAGACCUCAGUCCUGCACCGGAAACACGCAGGUAAACAAACAGACACGAUGGAGAAAUCAAGCAGCCAGUACGACUCCUUCUUGUUCUGGAGGCAGCCAAUCCCGGCGCUCGACCUGUCUGAGCUCGAGGACCUGGGUUUGAUUGACUGCCAACCAGCCAACAGUGGAAAAAGAAGAGAGAAGUUGGAGGUGUGGAGCCGAGAUGAAGAGGGGGAGCUGUCUGAGUUCUCCUCCUUUAACUACUGGAGAGCGCCAAUCGCCGCCGUGGACGCUCUGCUCGCCGACCUGCUGCUGUGAAACCAGCGGAUCUGUGACCUCUGACCCCGGAUCACUCAGAAAAAUUGUGAGGCUGCUUUUAAUCGUAUUCACACUGGAACAAAGACGGGAGGUGUGAACUGUCUGUGACUGCAGGACGUCGCGUUAAUUUCAGUUAGACUUUAGAGGCCUCUUCUCAUCUCAGAGUUUCCUUUAUUUCCUGCAGGAAAACAGGUGAAAACAGGAAGUGUGAUGUACGGCGAUCCCUUUGAGUCUCUGCUGAACUGAGCUGUUUCAGCUCAGUGUCUCUGAAGCUUCUGAACCCUUCAGGUCUGACUGAGCGCUCUAAUUUCUGAUGUGAAAACUCUAACUUCCUGUCACCUGGUGUGAUGUGAAACAUCUGGAAUGAGAUUAGAGAAACCCUCGGAGACGAAGUUUCCCUGCAGGAUGAGGGGAAACGUGUGGUCAGUGUUGAGAGAAGAGGCCUUUAAUUGGCUGCUUUGUGAAUGGACUUCUGUUGAGCUCAAACACUUUGUUCUGUUUCAUCUGUGCCUUUUUUCUUUUCUCCACAGCUGCUCAGUUCAAACUCACCAUCUGCCCUGUUUGUUUAUUUAUUUAUUUAUUUAUUUAUUUGUGUUGCUGUGUAAUCGAGCCUCAAACUCCUGCCAACAACAGUAAAGAAAUAUCCAGAA